UGAUUGCUGAAAGGGACUUGGACGGAGUCCUCACCAGCUUUUCUCGUUCUUUGAAAAUCAACAUGGCGGCUGCAAUUGGAGUUCAUCUUGGAUACACUUGUGCUUCCUUGGCCAUUUACAAGGACGGGAGAACAGAAGUCAUUGCUAAUGAUGCAGGAGAUCGGGUCACUCCGGUGCUUGUGGCGUGUUCUGGAAAAGACAUGUCCAUUGGUCUUCCUGCUAAACAUGGCCUUAUUCGAAAUGCCAAGAACACAAUGGCAAGAGCAAGCAAGAUUAUUGGGCUGAGAUUUUCUGAUAAUGCAGUUCAAGAAGAAGUCCAGGUAUCUGAUUGUCAGAUUAUUGAUAAAGAUGGAGAACCCUUCUUUGAGUUGGAGUUAAAUGACAAAAAGACACUUUUCUCCCCUAAAGAAGUUGUCAGGAUGAUAUUUCAAAAACUGUUAGAAAUUGCUCAGGCCAAUGGUGGAAAUGAUAUUGAAGAAGCUGUGAUCACUAUACCUUUACACUUCAAUGAUGAACAAAGAGCAGCCAUAAGGGAGGCAGCAGAAGAUGCUGGCUUUGAUGUGCUUCGGGUCAUCAGUCAACCUGCUGCAGCAGCUCUGGCUUAUGACAUUGGACAAAGUGACCGGGCUACUGUGAGGACAGUACUUGUGUACAGACUUGGAGGAACAACCCUUGAUGUCACUGUUUUGGCUGUCAAUGGUGGAAUGUACAGAGUUGUAUCCACAGAACAUGACACAACUUUAGGUGGAAUAAAAUUUGAUGAGUUGUUAUCACAACAUCUUGCUGCUGAGUUUCAAAGGCAAUGGAAACAAGAUGUCAGAGGCAAUGCCAGAGCAAUGGCCAAACUAAUGGCAGGCGCUGAAAAUUGUAAACAUAUUCUGUCUUCCAGAGAUACAGCGACCUGUGCUAUUGAGUCUCUUUAUGAUGGGAUUGACAUGCAAAGUACAGUGUCAAGGGCUCGGUUUGAGUCUCUCUGCUUCAGUUUAUUCCAACAAAGCCUUUCUGCUAUUGAUAGAGUUCUUGCAACAUCAAAUGUUGCCAAAGACAAAGUAGACCAGGUUAUCUUAGUGGGUGGUUCAACUCGUAUUCCCAGAAUCAAGCAGCUUGUUCAGGAGUAUUUCGGGGGAAAAGAAGUUUGUCAAUCCAUUGAUCCUGACAGUGUGUUAGCACAUGGAGCGGCCAUUCAGGCAUCUUUGCUUCAAGGGAGAGAAGAGCAAUUCAAUAAUGAGUUAGAAGUGGAAUGUACAUCAAAAGCAAUCAGUGUGAUGUUAGAAGAAGCAGAGUCCUGUUUAUGUCCAAUCAUACCCAAGUACACUCCUAUCCCUUCAAGAAGAACACAUAAUUUCACAACCUCUGUAGAUAAUCAGGAGACUGUUUGUUUAUGUGUAUAUGAAGUUAAUGAUGACACACCUAACGACCCUGGAAAGACUCUCGUGGCCAAGGUGGUUCUUGAAGAUAUCCCACCGAUGGCAAAGGGGGAAGCACAAAUCAUUGGGACUUUUCACAUAAGAAGAGAUGGGUCACUUCACAUUCAUUUGGUGGAAAAGACCUCCGAGAAGUCAGUGGAUAUCAAUAUAGAGGCCAGCGGUUGAUCAGGUUGUACAGGACGAGAGUCAAUAAAAUCUGCUCUUUUUACACAA